UGGCCCCUGAGCAUCUCCUGCGCACCUUUUCAUUCCUGCACGCUCACGGAUCUUAAAAGUCUACACUUUACUUCAUCUUCAUCGUGCUUGCUCCAGAAAGAGAUUAAAACUUUUGCAAAGAGGCUUUUGAACAUUUUUGGGAGUUGACAGAGACGCGAUUCCUGGAAGAGUUUUCCUUCAUUUUUCCCCCCAAACCACGUCUUUCCAUCCCUCGAGAAGUUUUAAAAAGUAAAGCCCUUGUUAGUUCCAGGGCUCGACUUCACUUUUUCCACGUGCCCCACGGUGUCCCAGCUUUUGACAUAAUUGUGUUACCUUGAGAUUUUUUGCUUGCCUUCAAGUUUGACACUUAAAAAACAACAACUUCAUUUUAAGUUACUGACCCACAAACGAGACCAAACAUGAGAUACCGAGCAUCCCCAGUCUUGUGUGAUUACCGUCCUAAAUGCUUGAAUCAUUAAAACAAAGUGAGUUUUAAUGGUUUUUAUUUUUUCCACUUUACAAGCUGAUGUGUGAUACUGAAGAUACGGGGAGCCGGGCAGCACAGCUCACCUGUAGCAUCUCCUCCGCUCAGUCGACACUCUGAUUUGCACUUUUUACGCAGAUGAACGCCACUUUGUGACUAUUUUAAGACAGAGACUCAAUCUAUCUGAAAAGGACUGCACACAGUUCAUUCAUUCUGAAAACACAACCGACUCUUGUCAAUUGCAGGGGGCUUUGGAGUGCGUAAAGGAGAGUUGCAUUUUACGCCAAAACCCCCCAAAACUUUUAUCCAACUUUUAAAUCGCCCCGGGGAUCCAGAUCUUCCAGAUUUCAUCACGAAUACAAAGUUUAAAGAAACUUCAGCGCAACUUUUACCAUUUUUAAAAAAAAAGUCAUCCUGAGCUCCAGAGAGGCAGCCAGACUCUCCAUCAUCAUGCUGUUCGACAGUUUCGACCUCGUUUCGGCUCUGGCCACUCUGGCCGCCUGCCUGGUGUCCAUGGCUCUGCUCCUCGCCGUCUCCCAGCAGCUGUGGCAGCUUAGAUGGACGGCCACGCGGGAUAAAAACUGCAAACUCCCCAUGCCUAAAGGAUCCAUGGGCUUCCCGUUCAUCGGCGAGACCUGCCACUGGCUCUUGCAGGGUUCAGGCUUCCACGCAUCGCGGAGGCAGAAGUACGGCAAUGUGUUCAAGACCCACCUGCUGGGCCGCCCUCUGAUCCGGGUGACUGGCGCAGAGAACGUGCGCAAGGUGCUGAUGGGGGAGCACACGCUGGUGACGGUGGACUGGCCGCAGAGCACCUCCACGCUGCUGGGACCCAACUCGCUGGCCAACAGCAUCGGAGACAUCCACCGCAAGAGGAGAAAGGUGUUUGCCAAAGUGUUCAGCCAUGAGGCCUUGGAGUCCUACCUCCCGAAAAUCCAGCAGGUCAUCCAGGAGAGCCUCCGAGUAUGGAGCUCCAACCCCGAGCCCAUCAACGUCUACAGGGAGAGCCAGAGGUUGUCCUUCACCAUGGCAGUGCGGGUGCUGCUGGGAUUUAGGGUGUCAGAGGAGGAGAUGAGACAUCUGUUUUCAACCUUCCAGGACUUUGUUGAUAACCUGUUCAGCCUUCCAAUAGACCUGCCGUUUAGUGGCUACAGGAAGGGUAUCCGCGCACGAGACACUCUGCAGAAAAGCAUAGAGAAAGCCAUCAGGGAGAAGCCGCUGUGCUCCCAGGGCAAGGAUUAUAGUGAUGCGCUGGAUGUCCUGCUGGAGAGCGCUAAAGAGAAUGGCUCUGAGCUCACCAUGCAGGAACUUAAGGAGUCGACAAUCGAGCUGAUCUUUGCUGCCUUCGCCACGACAGCCAGCGCCAGCACCUCGCUCAUCAUGCAGCUCCUCCGCCACCCCGCUGUCCUGGAGCGCCUGAGGGAGGAGCUGAGAGCCAGGGGUCUUCUCCAUAAUGGCUGCCUCUGCCCUGAAGGAGAGCUGAGGUUGGACACCAUUGUGAGCCUCAAGUACCUGGACUGUGUCAUCAAAGAGGUCCUGAGACUCUUUUCGCCAGUCUCAGGGGCCUAUCGAACCGCCAUGCAGACCUUUGAACUUGACGGAGUCCAGAUUCCAAAGGGCUGGAGUGUGAUGUACAGCAUUCGGGACACCCACGACACCUCAUCUGUCUUCAAGGACGUGGAGGCCUUUGACCCUGACCGCUUCAGCCAGGAGCGGGGAGAAGACAAAGAGGGGCGCUUCAACUACCUGCCAUUCGGCGGUGGAGUCCGGUCCUGCCUGGGCAAGCAGCUCGCCAACCUCUUCCUUCGCAUCCUCGCUAUUGAGCUGGCAUGCACAAGCCGUUUUGAGCUGGCCACCCGGCAGUUCCCUCGCGUGAUCACGGUACCUGUGGUCCACCCUGUCGACGGGCUGAAGGUCAAGUUCUACGGCUUGGACUCCAACCAGAACGAGAUCAUGGCCAAGUCGGAAGAGCUGCUGGGAGCGACUGUUUGAAGGGCAGAGAGUUAACGAGUAGGGAGGGUGAGUGAUCGAAGAAGUCUUUAGGGAGAAGACUGAAGGAAGAAAAGAAAGAAUUUCACAGUUAUUUUUUCUUCUCCACCUUUGCUCUGCCAAGUUGGAGGUUCCUUUUCAGACUAAAAGAAAAGCGGAAGGCUUUGUCUCGUUACAACUGAUGAUGAUCGGGACUUUCCUCUGAUAAAGGAAGAAGCUGCCAAAAAAGUUCUUAAUCAUGCUCUAUAAUGGGUAUUUUUUAAAAGAAAUAUACAAACAAAAUGUAUGUACAAAAAAGCUAUGUAAUAUAAUUUGAAAGAGAAUGUGGGUAGUGCACAAUGGGAGAGAGAGAGGUAUGGUGGUACAUUUGGUGAAAUGAAGUGCUGAAAAGAAAAAGUAAAGAUGGUUGUGGAAGGAAGGUGAGAUGGAUGAAACAGGGUAUAGGAUGAGAGAAUAUAUUUUAGCAUUUUGCUUGUGCUUAAUCAGAUGCAGUGAAACAUUUCAGAUGUCAAGCAGGGUAAAAGAGACGGAUAUGUAGUCUGAAAGGUCUAGAUUUUCUGGUCAAAAUUGCUAGAUUUCGAGCAAGAAUUCAUCCAGAUUCAACUUGUGUUUUGUGCUUUUUUGAAAAAGAUUUGAAAGAAUGACAGAAAUCAGUAGUGGCUUUGUGUUUUCCAUCAAAGGUCCAUUGCAAUUCUAAUUGUUUACUAGCUUACAGAUGCAGUCAAGUGUAUAAUAGCACAUUGGGUAUCAGGUUGUGGCACAGAUAGAGUGCGUUGCUGAGCUUGUCAGAUUGGCUCUGUACCAUAAUGCAGUCCAUACUUUGACUUGCUUAAACUUGUACUUCUAAUUAGGGUCAAGUAUCAAUUCAGGCAGUGAAGGAAAGGGUUGCGCUUAGAAAUAAGGGAUAUAGUUGUGGUGGGGAAGAUUUACCAGCUGCAUAUUUUAAGGGGAGAAACACAACAUUUUGAAUUGAUGUAAAUGGGCAAUUUGUUAAGUUUUAUGUCCUCCUUUCCUGCUGUUUUUUUUCACAAUGCUGCCUCUUUUAUUUAAGAUCCCAUAUUGCUUCUUUUUAUGCGUUGUAAAGUAGGAUAAACAUCAGUUAUCACAUGACAAACAUCAAGGGUAAGAAUUGCAGAGCUCAUUUUAAAAUUACAGUAAUGAAUAGAGGAACAAGGGAGUUUUUAGAUUAAGUAAAUGUUCAGGGUCUUUGUUGAGGAGGUAAAUCCUUGCUGGAAGAUCGAUGCCAUCAUUAUGGCUUUUACAUUCUCCAAACUUAAAAUCUGGAUAAAACCCUAAAAUGUCAAGACAAAUGCAAACUGCACUCAAUCUAAAAAAAAAGCAUUAAGAGGCUAUGCUAUCCUACAGUCUUAUUAUCUUUAUCUUCAGUGAAAACCUUGCAUUACCCUCUCUUCUUCAGUCUCUGCUACCCACAACUUGCCCAGCAUUAAAUCAAAAUGUUGCCCAUAUAUAUAAUCUUGGUGGUGUGUGAACUCAGGUGCAGAGUAGACAUUGUGGUGAAUAGCAAAUAAGCCUUUGCUUUUUGAUAUUUAACUCUGACCGCACAUAAAUAAUUAUGAUUUUUUUUUGAAAAGCUGUCAAUUAUUUUGCUUUCUGUCCAUGUAAACAAAAAUAUAUCAGGGGUUUCAAAUAGGGCUUACUCUCACUUGACGUAUUACCUUCUGCAACCAUUUUGUACCCCCCCCUAAGGAAGCAGUUUUGGUGGUGCAAGCAGGAUCAGCUAACAGGAAUUCGUAGUUGGCAUCUCACACGAAAAAGUAACUGAAUCAAGGUCAAACAGUAAUGAGGUCCAGGUCUGCUUUGUAAACUCUCUCAAACUGUGCUUUGAUACAUAAACUACACUUUCAAGUUGCAUUGAGAUUGUACUCUCUCAGACGGUGACUUUUAUCCCGCAACAAGGACAAUAUAAAGAACUUGUUCCGACAAACUGCCACAACUUCCUGAGCUGGACGAGGAGAAAAGAUAGAGGGAUAAGGUGGAGAGGAGAAACCGACAUACAUGCUGCUUGAGUGUUGCAUUGUCAUUCCGUGUUUGUUUAUUUGUGUGCUUUUUUUUAUUCCCCCCCCCUCCUUGGGGCAGCCAUUUUGAGUUCUGUGGCGAAGUUCGACAUUCUGUCUUGCUGCUCCUCCAAUCAACGCUAAGAAUGCAAAACAAAAUAAAUUCCAUGGUUGAAGCAACUUUAUUAGCUAAAAGAGAUUUAUUGUUUGAGGUGAUUGCACAAUCAGAACUCUCAGAGCUUUGUGUGUUCCA